AUGGUGUGCCUACACCAAUAUUCUACCGCGAACUUACCCCAUACACAGCCAGGCAUCCCCUCAGCCUCAACGGCAAAGAGCCAGCUCUCCGCUCUGACCGUGAAGGCCUCUUACGACGACGGUCUGUACAACCGAGACAAGUUUCCUCACUGGAUCACUAUCAGCGGAGCUUGCAACACUCGAGAAACAGUCCUAAAACGUGAUGGCACCAACAUCGUCACCGACAGCUCAUGCUACCCUACGUCAGGGCGGUGGUACAGCCCAUACGACGGGGCGACCUGGACUGUUGCCUCCGAUGUGGACAUUGACCACAUGGUACCGCUGAAGAAUGCCUGGAUUUCCGGCGCCAACACCUGGACUACCUCUAAGAGGUCUGACUUCGCCAACGACCUCAGCCGUCCCCAGCUGUGGGCGGUAACAGAUAAUGUGAACCAGGCCAAGAGUGACCAGAGUCCGGACCAGUGGAAGCCGUCGCUUACUUCGUUCCAUUGCACUUACGCCAAGAGCUGGGUAGCCGUCAAGUACGCGUACGGGCUUAGCAUCACCUCGGCCGAGAAGUCCUCGCUUUCGAGCAUGUUGAACACAUGCAGUUCUUGA